AUGACGCCGCUUUUCACUUGGCUGCUACUUGGGCUCGCUGAGACGGGAGCCUCGCAGGGCCUGGCAAACCGUGUGAGAGCCAACGGCACCCGUGCCAACGUCGUCGCGUCGCCGGUGGCCGUCUCCGGGGUCAACGUCUUUCGCCCCGUGGCCGCUCCGGGAAGCUGUCUAUGGGCUUCUGCUGACCACGGCGUAUCACACCACACCCUGGGCCAUGGUCCAGAGUGGUGCGGCCUCUCCGAUGGGCGUGUUGGGCUUUGGCAUACCAAGGGUGGCUUGUGGUAUGUCGAGCUUCUGCGAGCUUCCAGCAAUCUCUACCGCCUCAGAUCUCUGCGCCACCCUGAGAUGUGCUUUGCCAUGUUCACCACCGAGUGCCGGAGGGAUGUUUGCAACAAAGACCUCAAGACAUUAAGGCUACAUCUGACUACCUGCAUCAAGGGCUCGCAUUCUUCCGAGCAAUGGACUUUGCACUACUUGGGUGGCAGCAAGUAUACCAUCCAGACAGCGGGCUUGAGCAAGCGUUGCCUUCACUCCACCCCGAAGACGAGCCUGACGCUUUCCGCGGACUGCAGCACUGCUGACCUACACCACAGCUCCGUGUGGGAGAUCUAUAACCUGGCGGCGGAGAUCCCGCAAGCGGAGCUCACUUGGAUCGAUCACAAGGUGAGGCCGGACGUGGACUUCAGCCGUUUGACCUGGCAGAAGGCCGCAGAGCUCUGCCAAGGCUUCGGCGCGGACCUCUGCUUCCGAGGGGAUGUGUGCCCUAAUGGUGCGGACCACCCUCCGGCAGUGGGGAAGUGGGACUUCUUGCAAGAGACCGUGCCCUCGACGUCGGACCUUUGGGCUGCCUACCGCGUGUGCCAGGGGCCGCGGCCUGUGGCCAAGAUGCAGAACAAAUGGAUCCAAGCAGGUCGGUGGGGCCUGCCACCCAGCACCUGCAUCACGCACCAGGAGGCGGACAAGUCUGAUCCGACCUGGGGCCCCAGCGACUCACCGCAGACCUUCCGCAAAGCCGUGGCUUGCUGCGCAAACCGCAGGGACACCUGCGAGCCGCCGCUGCUUCAGGGCGCGUGGCGCCCUGACAUGGAAAGCGAGGUGAACCGACUCGCGAAGGAGGCUGCAGGCAAGCGACUCGCAGAUCUUGACUUCGCCCAUCGCGACAAGCUCAUGCGUGCCAUGAUGUCGCUGGUGGGCGUGGGGGCGGACCAGGUGGAGGCGACUCUCGCAGAGUGCCAUGAGUUGUGCAAGACCAUGGGCGACACCUCGACUGCCAUGCUGGAUGCCCACGUGCUUCAGGAGCAGACAGAGACUUGUCGAGCUCCAAGGCGUUUGCAGGAGGUCGAGGAGAGAUUUUCCAUCAUCGACGCCAGGAUCGAGGUGCAAUGUAAAGAUGCGCUGAUCCUGAUCAUUGCGGAUUCUGCCUCCUUGAUGCUCAGCGCCAUGGGUUUGGGUUCUGCUGUGGGGCGAAAGCUCGGCCGGGCCUGGGCAGACAGCAUCUUUGCUCGCCUCUUCGGCAGCGAAGUGUUUAGGCAGAGCUUUACUCUCCUGAUGGAAGCGUGGCACGAGGGGAGCCUGCUCGCCAGCAUCAAAGCGGUGUUCCAGUUGCUCGGGGGGCUGUACAGCGGCACAGGGAUUCAAUUUUGGUGGAAAGCCGUCCGUCUCGUUUUCAGCUGGUGGGAUAUUGUUGCUACCAUGCUGAAUGUCGUUGGGCAACUCCUAAUCUGGUUCAGCGGCGCUGAGUUCUUGGAGAUCGGGGGGGAGUUUCUGCAGUUUUCCUCUGCCGUCGGCGUCAUCACCGAGGACGUGAUGAGUAUAAAGAAGAACUGCCCAGAAAAUUUGGAAUUCGAUCCAUGA